GGCCCAACGUUGUCUUGCAGCCUCGCUUCUUUAGUACGUUGAAUUAAAUCGAAGCAACAAUGAAACUUGAAGUGUACGUGUUCCCAGAUCCCGAAAUGAGGCAGGAGUGGGAGGAUGACGAUGUGAUGAUGGAAGAAUGGUGGUUGGGGGACGUAGAGAAAGCUAAGGAGAAAAUCCCCAAGUACUACCCCCUAAUCGCCAGACUCGAGGUACCCAUGGACUUGGUUGUCAAGUUCAUGGCGUAUCUCGGGGGGCAUUUUUAUGCAAAUAACGAAGCCCAGCUUCACCAAUUAUUGAGGGAGUUCCUCAACUUCCUGCGGUUGGUGGGACGGGAGGAAGAGGCGCGUGAGAUGUUGCCUUACACGCAUGCCAUGGCAGCGGCAGCGGUCAUGAUUCUGGAUGCUCAGAAUCAUUACAACGUAUAAAGUAAGUACCUGUAAUUAUUUUCUUUACGUUAUCACCAU